AUGACUGAUGUGCCCAUCCCGCCAUCCGGUGGAGCUCGAGCUUCAUACCCCAUCUCCUCUAUUCCACGACGCUCCUCCUACGCGUCUGUAGUCUCCGGCAACGCAUUCUCACCCACCUCCAGCUCCUUCUCUCACCUCCUCAACGACUCCCACCCAGUCCCCUACCCACUUUCCGACACCCGAGUCCACCGGACUCUGUCCGGCGUGGAUGCAGACAUGCAAAUGAACUCCGCCUGGAGGAACUCAGGAUCGCCAGACUUGUUGCCACACUAUUCCCGCAAGUAUGCCGGCUUCCUACGCUCGACGGAAUUCCCUCCAAGCCUAGGCCUUAACGACGGGCCGGGCUUCGUGACCCCAUCCUACCUCCGCAGCUCUCGCUACAUCGCCCGCCUCGAGACCGCUCAUCGAGCCAAGAUCGCUGCUCAACAGCGAGAUGUCGCCUCGUCGGCUUCGGCUUCCACUUCGAAUCCGCCGCUCUCUGCUUCCUCUAGCAAUGUUCACUUGCCCCGCAUGGCGCCGUCCCAUCGUGGAAUGACCUAUGAGAUCAUCGAGAAGGAACCGCCCGCCACCGAUACGCUUCAGCCGCUGCCGACGCAAUGGAGCUCCGAUGAUAAAUGCUCGGCUCUGGAACUGUCGAAUGAUAGUCUUGAUGUUCGCUAUGCUGGUCCGGUGCAUAAACAUGAUAAUGAAGCUGCCGCCCUGCGCACUGAUCACCCUAUGCCGCCACAGUGCGGGAUCUACUACUUUGAAGUGAAGAUUGAAUCAAAGCCAAAGGAGGGCAUGAUUGGCAUUGGGUUUUCUAGCCCCAAAGCGAAUGUCGAGCGACUUCCCGGCUGGGAGCAAGAAUCUUGGGCUUACCAUGGUGAUGAUGGAAAGUCGUUCUUUGGCGAGAACCAGGGUACUGGCCGAGCAUAUGGUCCGACCUUUGGUGUUGGUGAUACUGUAGGAUGUGGUGUUAAUUUCUCUACGGGGGCUGCAUUCUUCACCAAGAACGGUAUCUUCUUGGGAAUCGCAUUCCACGAACUCCGCAAUGUGAAGUUGUAUCCGUCUGUCGGAAUGAAGAAACUGCCAACUGUACAUCUUAAAGCGAACUUUGGACGGGAGCCGUUCAUUUUUGAUAUUGAUGGCAUGGUUAGGCAAGAGAGAAUGGCUAUCCAAUCGGAGAUCAACGCUACAACCACGACCAACCUUCAACCACCGCUGGACGAGUCAACAUUGCUGCAAGAACUAGUAGCCCAAUUUCUGGCCCACGAUGGCUACGUUGACACAGCCCGCGCCUUCGCUGAAGAGGUCGCCACUGAAACAAUGGCCUUGGAGAAUAGUCGCAGCGAGCCACUGAAGAAGUAUGAAGUGGAAGAGGACCGCGAAGCCAUCAACCGGAACAAAAUCCGCUCCGCAAUCCUAGACGGCGACAUCGACAAAGCCCUCAAACACACAAAAGCCUACUACUCCGACGUCCUAGAAGACCACCCCCGCAUUUACUUCAAACUCCGCUGCCGGAAAUUCCUCGAAAUGAUGCGUCGCUCUAAUGAACUCUCCGCCGCAACAGCAGCAGCAGCCUCCAAGCAACGCCGCUCCACAUCCCCAGCCCUCUCCCACGAACACGCCGUCUUCGACCAGGAAAUGGAACUCGACGACGGCGACGGCGACGCAUGGGCCGAUGGCAUGGACACAGAAGAGCCUGAGGCUGUCGCUCAAUUCAAUCAGCUCCUCACCGAAGCAGUCCAAUACGGUCAACAGUUACGUCUCGAUUAUCCCUCUGACGAUAACGGCGGCGACAAGAAAUUACUUGAUGAUAUCUUUUCCCUGGUUGCAUACCCUGAUCCCAAGCGCUCCGUUCAUGGCCAUUACCUCGAUCCUUCUGGACGGGUUGCUGUAGCGGAGGAGUUGAACUCGGCUAUUCUUGUUUCAUUGGGCAAAUCCUCUGCUGCAGCCCUUGAACGGCUAUACCAGCAAACGGAAGUGCUUGUCAACGAAAUCAGUGAAGACGGCGGCGCUGGGGCGUUUAUUAAUGUACGCGAUGACAUUUUUCUUUAG